UCGGCGCGGCUGCGAGCCCACCCCUCAUCUAUAAGAGGAAAGGCAGGGGAGGUGCCCGUCGCCGCCCCACCUAUCGCCCUGCUACCUGUGCUAUCUCCGUUCCUCACCAGUCACCAUCCCACUGCCACCGCGGUCUAUUAUUGAAGCCCUCGAUCGGCUACCGCGCGUCCCAUCCGCGCUGGCCGCUGCCGACAUCGCGGCGGCGCCCUGCUACCUGUGCGAUCUGCUAGUUCGGCACACAGCUUGUUAAUUGGGGUAAUCGUGUUGGACUAGUCGCCGUGAUCGAUGGACAAGCCAAGGACAUCGAUAUCGACCCCGGCUGCUGCUGCUGCUUCCGCACCUGGUGGCCGGAGAGACCACCAUAGCACUGAGUUGGGGCAGGAGGGUGCCCUCGUGCAAGAGAGGACGAUGGCGGCUAUGCAGAUUCUGCCAUCAGGCCAUGGUGCCAGCUGCGGCGGCGCCUCAUCGCUCUCGCCACCGCCUGCCGCUCCAGCUCCUCUCACUCUUUCUCUGCGGAGCAACAUCAGUACUGCUGGCACACUACUGGUGGAUGACGAUGAGGAGCCUGACUCGCCUACAUCUCCCGGGUCAUGUAGUAUUCCACCCGACGGUUACACUCCACUAGUAAGAACCUUUUCUUUCGGCGAAUAUGGACCACUGCCACCUCCUGUGAAUCGAGAGCUAGCAGCAGCAUGCUACAAUGCUAAAAGCAGCUGCACAGCAAGUCCUUCCAUGGAUGCAUCAUUCCAACCGAUUCAAGAUGACGAGCCUCCCAUCUCCGGUGAUCUGGGGUAUGAUAUGUACCCACCUGACUACAGCGUAGAGCCUCGGUUCGCCGUUCGUCAGGCCACUGAGUUUGCAGAGAUCGCGCUGCGAUGUCAUAACGAUGAUCCAAGCAACGAUGUGAAGUAUGAACUUGUAAAGGCCAGCGUGAGCAGUUACAUGUUUGAAGGUAGUGGUAACUACGGCCAUGUCAACUUCACCGCAAGGGCAAAGCAGCAAGAUGGUUAUGAGGGCAGCUGUUCUUCGCAGAGCUGAAUCUACGAGACUUGAAAACUCUGACGUGCUUUCGCUCCUUGGAAGGAAAGGAAGAUCAAGUUGGUUCAUGUACAUGGAAAUGGUCGCAGGUGGGCGUAUGAGGAUGGACACGGAAGCCAAAGGUGAAGACCUGGAGCAUUGUUACGCGUGUGAUAAUGAACUGAAACACCCACGGGAUGGAGCGUGGUAUCAAGCCGGCCACAGGACAGGGCGUCUUCUGCGCUAAUAAUGUCCGUAGACUCGUGCUAGUGUCUACCAAUCUUAUGGCUUGCUUGGCACAUGGCAAGAGUAUGAUGGUGUGUAUUAAACAUGUAACUUUAAUAAUAUACUCUAAAAUAAUUAUAUGGCCUCCUAUUUAUGUACUCUAAAGUGUAAAC